ACGACAAUGUUGAACUGUCUCUGCUGCAAAUGCCGACGAGCAACUCCCAUUCCAGAUGGCCAACCACUUCGUAUAGUGAUGAUAGGCAAAACGGGAGUGGGGAAAAGUGCUCUUGGGAACACUAUUAUCGGGAGAAAAGUGUUUAAAUCCUCUCCUUCUGCAAACUCGGUUACCGAGACUUGCCAAAAGGCGAAAGUGAACGACCAAAGAGACAUUUAUGUAAUUGACACUCCGGGGAUUUUGGACACCAGUAAAACAACAGAAAGCAUCAAAAAGGAAAUUGUAAAAUGCAUUCAAGUUUCAGCGCCCGGACCUCACGUCUUCCUGCUGGUGAUGCAAAUUGGCCGUUUCACCCCAGAAGAGCAAAACGCUGUGAAAGCCUUGCAGGAGCUAUUUGGAGAAGAGGCUUGUAAGUACAUGAUUGUGGUGUUCACACAUGGAGAUGCGCUGAAAGAUCAAAAUAUACAGGACUAUGUGGGUACUGGACACUCACAACUCCGCAAUGUUGUCCAGACUUGUGGGAGCAGAUACGUUGUCUUCAACAACAACAACAUGGAAAACCGAGAUCAAGUUGUGGAGCUUAUAGUUAAGAUUGAUGAGCUGGUUGCAGCCAAUGGGGGAAGUUACUUCACCCAGGAAAUGUAUGAAGAAGCAGAACGAAAAAUCCAGCAGCAAAAGAUAGCAAGGGAGCAGGCAGAGCUUCAAAACUAUGACUUCAGCUUCCUUGAGGUUCUGCAUCAGAGAAUUAUUGUUUUCCAACAAAUACUCAGGAAAGAUCUAGAUGAAACUUAAGGUUACUAGCAACACAUCCACUUAGUACAGCUUCAUAAUUGCACUGAACCUGAAAACAUUGUUGAUAAAUUAAUGGCUUUCAGUUACAGCUUUGAAUC